AUGGUCAAGAAGGGCGGCAGCAAACUGCUCAAUCUUCUCCAGAAGGAGAAGGGCUACGAUUACAAGAAGGACAAGCAGAAGAAGCUCCAGAAGCAGGCCGAGAAGCGCAAGCAGGAGCAGAAGCAGGCCGAGGACGGCAGCAGCAGCGCUGAGGAAGACGGCAUUGAGGGCGGUGUUGCUGUGAAUGCGCCCCCGCAGGAGGACUCUGGCUCCGGUGGAGACGAGGCUGAGAAGCAGAUCCGCGCCGAGGCCCGCAAGGCCGUUGCCAGCAAGGACGAGAGCGACGACGAGGAGGAAAGCGACGACGAGGAUACGUCGAAGAUCGACUUGGCUAGGCUUGAGGAAGAUGACUCCGACUCCAGCGAUGAAGAGCUUGAAGAGAACGACAACGACGACGACGGAGAGGAUGACGAGGAAGAAGACAUCGCCCUCUCGGACCUCGACUCGGUCGCCUCGGAAGACAAGGGCGACAUUGUCCCGCACCAGCGCCUCACCAUCAACAACACCUCCGCCCUGCUCGCCGCCAUGCACCGCAUCGAAUGGAAGACGAAGAAGCAACCCUUCUCCGACCACCAGUCCGUCACCUCCGACGUCGCUGUCGAGAUUCAAGAUACCAACGACGACCUCAACCGCGAGCUGGCCUUCUACCAGCAGGCGCUGAACGCCGUCAACGCGGCGCGCAAGGCGCUCAAGAAGGAGGGCGUACCCUUCACGCGCCCCAACGACUACUUCGCCGAGAUGGUCAAGAGCGACGAGCACAUGGGCAAGAUCAAGCAGAAGCUUAUCGAUGAAGCCGCCGGCAAAAAGGCCUCGCAAGAGGCCCGCCGCCAGCGUGACCUCAAGAAGUUCGGAAAGGCCGUCCAGGUCGCAAAGGAGCAGGAGAAGGCCAAGGCAAAGAAGGAUACCAUGGAGAAGAUCAACCUGCUGAAGAGGAAACGCCAGGGCGCCGACCUCGAAAACGAAAACGAAAACGACCUCUUCGACGUCGCGCUCGAGGACGCCCAUGAGACUGCUCGCAAGGAUAAGCUCGACCGCCGCAGCGGUGCUGGCGGUGCUACCAACCACAAGCGCGCGAAGAAGGACGCCAAGUACGGUUUUGGUGGCAAGAAGCGCUUCGCCAAGAGCAAUGACGCGCAGAGCAGCGCCGACGGCAGGGGCUUCUCGGCCAAGAAGAUGAAGGCGGGCGCGAACAGCGCGGCGAGGAAGCGGCCGGGCAAGAGUAGGAGGGCGGCGAGGAAGUAA